AGUUAUGUUAAUGAGGUAGAAAAAGAUGGAUUAGUUGAUGUCUUUAUAGAGAUAGAAUUCAGAACAAGUUCAUUAGCCAUAAUUAAAAAUGGCAUAAAUUCUAAAUGCUAAGAAGUUUACCAACAAGAGAAUAAGACAUCAUAACAUUCAUAAGGAGACUUCUAUUUCUAAAGAAGAUAAAUUAUAAUUGGAAAAUAAAUAUGGAGAAUGUAUAAGGUUAUUAGGAGUUGGUACAGGAUUUGGGGAGAAAGCUUUGGUUGAGAAUAUUCCUAGGUCAUUAACUGUUGCAUGUUAUAGUCAUGAAUUGUUUGUAGUAGUUUUGAACAAAGAUGAUUUUAUUACUUAUUAGAUGACGUUUGAGAAAACAAAGAAGGAGAAAUAGUAAUUAAUGUUCAAAAUAUUCAAAAGUAAAAUGAAUAAUUAAAUAAUUUUAGAUGUAAAUAAUGAAUAUUCAUCUUAAAGAUUGGAAAGUAUGAUUUAUAGUUGUUAAACAAUAACAUACGAUAGAGGAACUUAAUUAUCAACGGAGGAUGAAGAAGGUGAUGCAUUCUAUUUAGUGAUAAAUAGAGAUUUUGACUUUAUAAAAAAAAGUUGAUAAUAG